CAAAGCCGUAAAGAAUGACACGUCGGCUGCGAACAAAAACACGUAGACACGAGCUUAAAUGAAUUAUAGACUUCAGUGUCGUAAUUUUUUUUUUUUUAUGUUUAAAUGAGUAAGAACCAAAGAAAUGGAGGAAAACGCGGGUUUGGUUUUAGCUACAGAGAGAUAUGGCAGCGCUCAGUCCUGGAAGUAUUUAGUGAAGGAUGGAGGGAUGGAGAGAAGGAGGGAUGGGGGUGAAGGAGGAUCAAGAGGCAACUCUGUGGUUGGAUUUUUUAAAAGCGUUUUUCUGCCUCAAGGCUUCCCAGAAAGUGUCAGCGACGAUUACCUGCAGUACCAGUUUUGGGACACAGUGCAGGCCUUCUCCAGCUCGCUGUCAGGGACUCUGGCCACUCAGGCUUCUUUAAAAGGUGUUGGUGUUGGAAACCAAGAGGCGACUGUAGCUGCAGCCACAGUUACCUGGCUGCUGCGAGAUGGAACCGGCAUGUUGGGAAGGAUUCUCUUCGCCUGGAGAAAAGGGAGUAAGCUGGACUCUGAAGCCAAAAAGUGGAGACUUUUUGCCGACGUUCUCAACGACGUGGCGAUGUUCAUGGAAAUCUUGGCUCCGCACUUUCCUGCCUGCUUCACUCUGAUUGUGUGCACUGCAGGAAUAUUCAAGUCGGUCGUUGGUGUGGCCGGCGGCGCCACCAGAGCCGCUCUGACGGUCCAUCAGGCUCGCAGGGACAACAUGGCCGACAUCUCCGCCAAAGACGGGAGUCAGGAGACUUUGGUGAACCUGGCUGGACUUCUGGUCAGCUUGAUGCUCAUUCCUCUCGUCACUGAUAAUCCCGUACUGACGCUCAGCCUCUUCUUCCUGUUCACCGUCCUCCAUCUGUUCGCCAACUACAAAGCUGUGCGCUCGGUCGUCAUGGAAACCUUCAACGAAGCGCGGCUUUCGAUAGUUCUGCGGCAGUACCUGAAGGACAAACGGAUCCUGAGCCCGCUGGAGGCUAAUCGGAGAGAACCGGUUCUCCUGCAGUUUAGGACAGCGGCUCCAAUCAAACUGGGAGUGAGGCUGCAGGAUGUGGUACAGAGCUCUGAAGAACUGAGUCUGGCUUCGAAGGAGAACAGCCGGCCCUUCCUGUUAGGAGUCACAAACGGCUGUGUUUGUGUGUGUUUGGGACCAGAAGCAUCGGUUUGUGAUAAAAUCAGAGCAACGUGCCAGGCCGUGUGGCUCAGCGACAAGCUGAGCUGUCCAACAUCCAGAAACCCUCCGUGCGCCGCAGCGAAGCAGCAGAGUUUCUGGGCAAUUGUGUUUGAGAGUCACAAGGUGAUGGAGGCAAAUUUCAAGCCAUUUCUGAAAGGCGUCGAAGCUGCAGGAUGGGACGUAAAACGAACUCUGCUGGACUGGGAUGAGUGGAGAGUCGAGUGGAAAACAAAAAGGAGCUGAGCAGCUUCAACACUUUUUUAAUUUGUUCCUAAAAUAACUAUUUUUAAGUGUUUGAUCAAACUAACGCCUUUGGUUCAG